AUGCCGGGGCCGGGGGCGCACCUGCUGUACGCGCUGUCCGGCGGGGCGGCGCUCUCGCGGCUCGCCGGGGACGGUGGCCGCCGCUUCGGCCCGCACCACUGCGCCGUCUACGCCGCCAACGCCUUCCUCGGCCCGGACCUCGGCUCCUUCGCCGAGUGGCUCGCCUCAUUUUUUCCCUCUGCCUCCGCGGAGGCCGCCGGGGACCUCGCCAUGGCCGCCGUCCACCACCCCUUCUACUACCCGCUCCUCCUCGGCCUCCCGCUCGCAUGCCUCUACGCCUGGCUCUCGCGGCGGCUUCUCCGCGCCGGCCUGCUCGACGCGCCCAACGGGGUAGCAUUAAGCAAGACGCAGUGCUUCUUGCUUAUCGCAGCCGGCUCGCUCUCCCACUUCUUCUUGGAUCACUUGUUCGAGGAAAAUGGCCAUUCUACAAUGUAUACUUGGAUACUGAGCACUGGUUGGUGGCAAGGCCGUGCUCCUAUCAAUUCAGAUGCAGUGUUUGUUAUUGGCCUUCUUUGCAUUUGCCUCAUUGGAGGAUAUGUGUACAUCAACAGAGUGAAGCAUGGAAAAUCGGUGAUCGAAAAGUCAAACCAAUCUUUCUUUCUCAUCCUGGUGAUAGCCGCCCUGUACUGUAUGUGGUGUGCCAGUCAGAUAUACCUGCAAAAUCCCCCACAGCCCGCCAUAGGUGAAGAGGCUGAUCUUGGAGUGAUAAUCUUUCUUGCAAUUUACCUUUUUCUCCCGCAUGGCUUGUGUGCCAUGUCGAUGAACCAAACAAAUUACACUGAAGCAUUGGAUGAAUUGCCACUUUAAUAUGUGGUAUGGCGUUGUGCUUUGCUCGUUGUUUGUGCAGAAGCUCAUUUUGGUAGCAGUCUUCUCUGCUUCAUGUUGUAACUAAUUUGAUUUCCAGCUGGCUAAUUGCCAGGCAUAUAUGUAAUUAUUUAGACUAGAAAUAUAUUUUUUCGAGGAAAUAAAGAGGUUAGGAAAGUUCAGUACAA